AUGGCCAACUGCUGCCCCGUACAAUGGAGUUUCGAGAAUUUCCUUCUUCGUGGCUGGGAUUUCAUUGUUGAUCUUGCAGAACAACGACUAUUGAAGCCGCUUGAGCAAGUUCAGCUAUGGCUUUCAAAAGCAGAAACUAUGAUAACAGAGGCGGAAGAAUUGGUUUCAAAUGCUCCUCAACAGAUGAAUAACUUGUGUCUCGGCGGCUGUGCUUCCAAGAGUUGCUUGUCUAGCUACAAGUUUGGUAAGAAUGUGGCCAAAAUGCUUCAACAAAUAGAUGAUCACAAGAGUAAAGGAGCUUUUGAGAAGGUAGCGGAUAAUCAGUCCGCAGCUUCAGUGGUAGUAAGACCUGUAGAGCAGCCGGUUGCUUUAGAAUCCACAAUUCAAAAGGUAUGGAGCUGCAUCGUGGAAACAGAUGUGGGGAUCAUUGGCCUCUAUGGCUUGGGGGGCGUUGGCAAGACAACACUCUUGACCAAACUCAACAACAAGUUCAGCACCACACAGAAUGAUUUUAAAGUUAUCUGGGCGUUGGUGUCUAAAGAUUACGAUGUUGGAAAGAUUCAAGAUAGGAUUGGUGGAAAUCUUGGGUUUUCAGAUGACUCAUGGAAGGAAAAAAGUGUUGACCAGAAAGCUACAGAUAUCUAUGGGGUCUUGCACAACAAGAAAUUUGUUGUAUUAUUGGAUGAUUUAUGGGAGAGGGUGGCUUUAAACCAAGUUGGGAUACCAAUACCAAGCCAAGAAAAUGGUUCAAAACUUAUUUUUACUACUCGAUCUUUGGAGGUAUGUGGCGAAAUGGGAGCUCGAAAGAAAAUCAAAGUGGAAUGCCUGGAACUGGAGAAAGCUUGGGAGUUGUUCCAAGACAAGGUUGGAUAUGAAACUCUCAACAGCCAUCCAGACAUUCAAAACUUAGCUAAACAAGUAGCUGAAAGGUGCGGUGGGCUGCCUCUUGCACUAAUUACAAUCGGUCGUGCUAUGGCUUGCAAGACAACACUUGGGGAAUGGAAAUAUGCAAUUGAGAUGUUGAAGCGAUGUGCAUUGCCAAAAAUGGAAAAUGAGGUAUUUCCGCUUUUAAAAUUCAGUUAUGAUAAUUUGCCUAAUGCUACAAUGAAAUGUUGUCUCCUAUAUUGUUGUCUGCAUCCUGAAGAUUAUUGUAUUCCCAAAAAUAGAUUAGUGGAGUAUUGGUUUUGUGAAGGGCUAUUGAAUGAAUUUGAUAGAAUUAGUGAUGCUCAAAUGCAAGGUGACGACAUUAUCAACUCUCUUCUGAAUGCUUGUUUAUUGGAAAAUGGUGAUGAAUUAGGUGAAGAUUGUGUGAAAAUGCAUGAUGUGAUCCGUGACAUGGCUUUAUGGAUUACACACGAGCUCAAAGCAACAGAGAAUGACUUUUUUGUAAAAGCAGGGGCUCAGUUAUUUGAAGAACCAGAUGUUAAGAUAUGGGAAAGUGUAAAAAGAAUGUCAGUGAUGGAAAAUAAGCUUGAAGUUCUCAACGAAACACCCAAAUGCCCUAACCUUCGAACCUUGUUUCUUAGCCAAAAUGAGUUGAAAGUGAUCAACGAUGGUUUCUUCCAAUUUAUACCUCAUCUAAUUGUUUUGGAUUUGUCAAAAAACCCUGAAUUACAAACUCUGCCUAAGGGCAUUUCACAGUUGAUUUCACUAGAAUGUCUUGAUCUAUCUUAUACUGGUAUGGAAGAGUUGCCAAUAGAGUUGAAAUCGUUGACAAAACUAAAAAUGUUGGACUUGAAUUAUAUGGAGAACCUCAAAAGAAUCCCUCAGCAUUUGAUAUCUAGUUUUUCCAAGUUGCAAAUAUUCAGAAUGUUGUUGCUGGAAAAUGGAGAUUAUCCUGAUGAAGACAAUGUUUUGAGUGGGGGUCAUGAAAAACUUAUAGAGGAGUUGAAAGAAUGGAAAAGCUGCGGGGUAUAUUCAUGUGCUAAUUAUACAUCACGCUUUCACACAUUGAGCAGUGUUACAAUUAUUGGAUGUAACAAAUUGAGAGACGUGACCUGGCUGAUUCUUGCUCCAAAUUUAAGAAAUCUUGAAUUAUAUCUGUGUCUAAAAAUGGAAGAAAUAUUGAGUGAGGGGAAACUUGGUGAAGUUGCAAGUGUGAUUGGAAGUCCAUACCCUAAACCAUUUCUGAAGCUUGAAACACUUUACUUACAGUUUCUACCGAAAUUGAAGAGCAUAUACUGGGAUGCCCUACCCUUCCCAUGUCUGAAACUUAUCCGUAUAAAUCUCUGCGGAGAACUGAAGAAGCUUCCUUUCAAUUCAGACAGUGCAAAAGGGAAUCUGCUCAGCAUUGAGGGAAGCAAAGAUUGGUGGGCAACAGUAGAAUGGAAAAAUGAAGCCACUCGAGAUGUUUUUCUCCCUUCUUUCAAGUCUGUUUAUGGAUGAAAUGUAGAAAAUCGUGUUGAAAAAAUAAAGCUGGUUAAUUAGCUGCUACUUUUUUUCUGUUUUGCUAUCAAUAUUCCUGUAGUCCUAAAGGAUAAUGAAAUGUAUUAGCACUCCAGUUGAUCAUGAUCAAA